CACGAUACAGCCUUCACCUCGGGCAAGUGUGUGAACGACCGAGUUAAUUACGUGAGAGAGACGUACAUUUCAACUAUCACCAUGGCUAUCCAUGGACCAUAUAGUCAAAAGUUGAGGUUAGCUAAUGACAAUGCAUUUUUCUUCUUACUGCUUUUAUGGCUGUAAAAACAACCUUUUUCACUUUUGUUUUGUGGGUUACAUAUCUGAAGUUGUUGGACUUCUGAGCUCACACUGAACAAGCUGAAGGAAAGAAACAGAAGGUAAUGGGUAUGGACAAAGAAGGAGAAGAAAUGGGUAUGGGUAUUGGUAUGGGAAUAGGAUACUCUGAAACUACUAUUAACGCCAAUGCUAGACAGCAAGAGCAUCCAAGGAACCGGCGAAUCAGGGAGAGAAGGAAAUGCAGGGAUAUAGCCUUUUUGGUUGUGUUCAUUGCAUUUUUGGUUGGAAUGGUGGUUAACUCUAGCUUUGCAUUCAACAGAGGGGAUCCCCACAGGCUUGUAUAUGGAACAGAUUACAAGGGGAACGUCUGUGGGAACAAGAACUCUAAGCCCGAUGUCCGAGAAUUCGAGGUUAGAUAUUGGCAAAGUCCAAACCAGGUGUAUCAAAGUGGGCUUCGAAAGAGUCCUAUCAAGCUCGCUGAUGCACGGAGUGUCUGUCUAAAGGAAUGCCCAAUUCCUUCAGAUGAGGAUGUCAAUUGGGUCUGUGACUAUCCAGAAGGGAAUAUAAAGCUCACAAUGGAUGAGUGGAAUGACAGAAAUUAUGACUACUAUGAGUUUCUGAGUUCGGAGGAAAGGAACAGUUCUCUUCAACUUCAGGGCCCAUGCUAUCCCGUUAUAUUUCCUAGCACAAAUGUAUUUUGGAGUUGUCAGUUUGCGGCUCGCCCCUCAAAUUCUUCAUUGCAGUUUUGGAAGCAAAUGGGCGGUGUGGAUAUUGAUGAAGGUGGUAUUAUAGUAAAAUCCGUCCAUAUGUCCAUCAAUUCCCAUCAAGCUGUUCUCAAGAGAUAUGUAGCUGAUGUUGGUAAAGCAUGGCCUGUUUUGAUUGUAUGUGGGGGACUGCUGCCAUUGUUUUUGUCAGUGAUUUGGUUGGUUAUGAUUCGCUACUUUGUUGGAGUGAUGAUAUGGGCAACAAUUGUGCUCCUCAAUAUUCUUACCUUUUCUAUCACACUGUUUUUCUACACAAAAGCUGGUUGGAUUGGGCAUGAUGGCAUCUCAACUGUCAUUGGACAAAAUGCGGCAGAUUAUGUAAAAGCAAAUGGGAGGGAACUUGAUCACCUAAGGGCUAUUGCUGUACUCAUGACAAUCGUAAUAGUAGUUGUAAUUUUGUCAACAAUUGCCCUUAUCAAGCGAAUCCUUAUUGCUCCUGCUGUUUUAAAGGUAGCUUCAAAGGCCAUUGGAGCAAUACGAAUGAUGAUUAUAUUUCCGAUUCUUCCUUUUGCUAUUCUUGGAGUAUUUUAUAUGUAUUGGGUUGGAGUAGCAUUAUAUCUUUUCAGUGCAGGUGAAAUUCGACAGAAUGACUGCAAUGGUAAUUGUUGUGCAUAUGAUCUUCUUGCUGGGAAGGUUAAAUGUGAUGGAUGCUGUGGUUACAGUAUUUACUAUACACACCAUCUUACUCUCGCCAUCCUUUACCAUCUGUUUGGUUGUUUUUGGAUCACUCAAUUUAUAAUGGCAUGCUCAGUCACAGUUAUAGCUGGAUCAGUUGCUUCUUAUUACUGGGAACGUGGUGAAAGCCCUGAAAUGCUUUUACUUCCACUUAUUUCUUCAGUAAAUCGACUUUUACGCUAUAACCUUGGUUCCGUGGCACUCGGUUCACUGGUUGUGGCACCCAUUGAGUCAAUCCGCUACAUACUGGAGUGUGUACGGCGACGGCUGAAACUUGUGGAAGCUGGAUCGGAAGGCUUCAUUACAAAAACAGUAUGGUGUUGCAGACAGUGCUGCUUAGGCUGUAUUGAGCGGACCAUAAAAUUUGUAAAUCGUAAUGCUUACAUCAUGAUUGCUAUUACUGGGAAAGGUUUCUGUACAGCUGCAGAAAUGGCAACUGGAUUAAUCAUUAACAACAUAUUAAGGAUAGGCACAGUUAAUGUCAUCGGAGAUGUCAUUCUGUUUUUGGGCAAGCUAUGUGUUAGUCUUGCAUGUGCACUGUUUGCAUUCCUUAUGCUAGACACCCACCCAUACAAGUCUGCUCAUGAUAAGAUCUCAUCCCCAUUGUUUCCAGUCCUGGCUUGUUGGGGCAUUGGAUAUGUUGUUGCUUCUCUUUUUUUUAAUGUUGUAGAAACAACCAUUGAUACAAUUAUGCUAUCCUUUUGCCAAGAUGCUGAAGAGCACCAAGGAACGCCACAAUAUGCACCACCUCUACUUAUAGAGACAUUGGGAAAUCACAGUGAGAUGCAACGGUUAACACAGUGAGUUGAAUUGUCAUGAGACAAGGAGUGGAUUGCAUUUCAUUAAUUCAUGAGAAUUGAGCAAAUUUCAGAGAUUUGUCAUAGCUUGCCUUCAGUUAGUGUAUUGGCCACUUGUGUGAAGGAUCAAGAAUAGUAUGGACCCUUUCCUAGGAAGGUGAUCAUUUUGAGAGAAAUGCUCUUAGCUACUCAAGUACACAUCGGGAGAAGCACAUAACAUUUUCAAGGAAAUGUUAUCACUUCAUUACGAGUGUCUGUACUUACCUCAAAUUAGCUCAUUUGUUUCGACUUUGAGGCACGAGCUGUAUAUUGUAGGACUAGGUGGUUUUGUUAGUUCUAGUGUGUUUUGCUAACCAGAUCUUUUAAAGUUAAGUUCAAUCUCAGUAAAUUUCAGUCCAAAUGUGUAAUCCUAUAUCCAAAAUAAGUAAUUAUAUGGAAGCAAUGGCGAUUAAUUUGAA